AUGAAACUAGAUAAAAAGACAACAAAAAGAGAACUGACAGGGGGAAGGGAACUCACCGCUCUAACUGGCUUUGUAAAUAGAAUGCGUCAAAAACCGUUACUUGCAGACAAAAUAGAGACGAUCCGGAGCUUCAAACGAGCCAAAACCGGAGAGUUGUUCAAGUUGAUAUAUGAUCCUUCAGUAAAAUUUUAUCUUAGACCAAAGCGGGUGCGCGGCUUCUUAUCAGCAAAAGAAAAGGCAAAAGUCAAGACUGCUCAUGAGUUUAAAUCAUUAAUGGCAUUAUUAAACGCGUUAUCCAAUCGCGACGUCACUGGACAAGAGGCUCUUUUGGCUACCGGAAAAUUUAUACAAAAAUAUUGUGGAACACCUGAGAAACGUGAUUUGUUCUUUAAAAUCCUGGACAAGGACCUCGAUAUCGGAUUGACUGCAGAGGUUGUCAAAAAGCUUUGGGAUAUUCCACACAUGCGUCAGAAUUAUUAUCCAAAGGCUGUUCCGAAACCUGCUGUUAAUAAAGAAUUAACCUCGGUCUGUUCUGCCACGCAGCAGUUCGACGCGCUUGCAACAUUUGUCAAAGAUAUUAAAGCUGCAAACAUGAUGGCAGAAAAAUACAGCGUUCUAUCUGCACAUCCAGAAUGCCAUUCCAUACUCAAAAAGAUCUAUGAUCCGGCCGAAAGGUUUAACAUAUCAAGCAAGAGUUUGAUCGAAUACAUGCAGAAUAAACCUCGAGGAUAUUUUGACAGCGAUCCGACCAAGUUACCAAAACGGUUACAGAACGCUCCCGUGUAUGAAACUAUAGAGUCUCUGUUAGAUGCAUUGUCGGAACGACGGAUAAGUGGUCAUGUAGCUCGGUUUGCAGUUGCAAGAUUUAUGCAUACGAAUUGUACCAAACCCAUACAUAAAGAGCUCAUGUAUAAAAUUCUUUGCAAAAAUCUCAAGAUUGGGAUGAACGUACAACGGAUCAAAAAAGUUUGUGGCGUCGACUCGAUAGCUACAUUUUCCGUAGCGCUUGGACGCACUUUGAAUAUGCACAAGAUUGACUCUCUCUUUGCAUCGAAUAAGGAGGAUUCAAAUAAAUGGUUUGCUUCGAGAAAGCUGGAUGGUGUGCGCUGUCUAAUCAUGGCAUAUGGGGACGACGUCAGAGCGUACUCCAGAUCAGGCAAAUCUUUUGUGACUCUAACAAAGAUAAUAGAGUGCGUGAAGGAAAUUAUCCGUAAACAUAAAAAAUUACUACGUGGCAGAUUAUGGAAUAAGGGUUUGGUGCUAGAUGGUGAAUUAUGCGUGAUUUCUGAAGGCGCUGAUGGGCAAUUUCGCGAGACUUUUACUGAUGCCAUGGCGGUGAUUAGUACAGCUGGUCAACAGAUGGAAGAUCCUAAAUAUUGUGUGUUUGACUGUCUGACGAAAGACGAGUUUGAAAGACGCGUUGGAGGAAGGACGUUUGAAGAGCGCCUGGAAUUUAUGAAAAAGUUGAUAGAGAAUCCAAUAGGGAAAGAGGAAAGAGUUGGACUUUUGGAUCAAGUCGAAGUAAAUAAUGCGGAACAUUUACAAAAUCUGAUUUCUCAGGGUUCAUCUGCUGGAUGGGAAGGCUUGAUACUGAGGAAAAACGUUGGAUAUGAAGGCAAACGAAGUUGUAAUAUUCUAAAAGUCAAGCAACAUCGAGAGGCAGAAUAUCAGGUGAAAGCCAUCGAAACUGGACCUAUGAAUAUCUACGUUAAUGGAAAAGCUGAAGAACGUGACGUAUUGACGAAUGUGUUAGUUGAGCAUGCUGGUAGUGAGGUAAGCGUUGGUUCGGGUUUUACAGUGGAGCAACGCAUCAAGUACAAGGAAAAUCCAGGUUCAAUCAUUGGAAAAGAGAUUACGGUGCGAUAUUUCGAUGAGACCGAAGUAUCAGACAAGAAAUCUAAAUCAACGAGGAACAGGAAGAAAGCAGCGAGAGACAGAAAAGACAAUAAAACUAGCACAGAGAAUAUCACAGCUGGAGUAGUUAGGUCACUCCGAUUUCCAACGGUAAAGACUGUAUGGGAGAACGGUAAAAGAGAUGUUUGA